UCGCGAUUAGUAACUUGGGCUCCGCCAUGAUUGAGGGUUUGCCCGUCGAGCUCAUUGGCAAGAUUGUGGGCGACCUGAGUCUCGACGAUGCUCUCAAGAUUUCACAGCUCUCGCGACGUCUCAGAGCCGUCUCGUCGGAUCCGGUCCUCAAUGUCUGGCGACCGUGCAUCCUGCGCAACCUCAAAGCGAGCACCUAUGAAACUGCAUUCAAGACCCUCAGCGUACAUACGGUCGUUCCGCGGCACAACUGGCUUGAGAUUCUGUCCCUCGGAAGGGCUGCGUACCUACUCUUCGACGCGGUUCUCCCGAAUCUACCAGACGCAGAGUGGGAGGAAGCGUUCAAGCGGAGGUUUCUGACGUCAUGGGCCAGCGCGUACCACAAGAAAGCGCAUACGACGUGGAAGUCUGCUUUUCUGCGCGUGCUGCAAUACACGUGGCAUCGGAGUACGACAACUUGCAGUGUCAAUGAGGCAUGGACCAAGUCAGUCCCCGGUUGCUGCUGUUAUUAGUUCAGCCUCCAAGUUUUGUAGAUACAUCCUUCUGAACCGGAACGGAACCGCGAAUUACUUGGAGGGCUCCUCAAGAGGGUUCAGUCCUUUUGCCAUCUUUGAAGAAACCAGAACCCAGCAGAAUCUCUUGCAUCUGCCUAUGCGUGUCAGAGUCCUGGUUGAAUUUUCUGAUGCGCGUGUGCUUGUGUUGGGAACAUUAAACCGCCCCCGGAGCUCUUUGAGCGUAAAUGCGAAUGCAAAGUUGCUGUUACAGCCUCCAGGUAUUCGACCGGGCGGAAGCACGCUCUCAAAUCUAGACUAUUCAAGAAUCAGAUAUCCUCUGCCUGCAGAGUCAUUUUUCAAUUACCCCUUCUACACGAGUGGGGGUUCGGAUCGGCGCUGGCUGGCACCGGGAGACGCCGAUAUGGAAUGGGUCGGAAGCGUCAUGCUCGUCGCCCAGAUAAUUACUCGCGAUUCGAACGACGACGCGACUGUUUCAGUCGAUGAUGAUGAAUUUGAGGACCUCGACUUCAUACUGGGUCCCGGACGAAAUCAAUACGCUUCGUUUACAUGGGAAGACCUUUGGACGGUGGCGCCUUGGAUUCGGGAGAGUAUCUCCAAGGAAAUUGAUGGGGCCGGACUGGGUCUCUAAUUUAGACUCAUCAGUGGCAGUGCCGCUCGUUUGAUCGAACACAACAACAUCAAGAUCCAACUUCUCCGGAUCUCUGAAUUUACAACCAUGAUCGGAUAUGUGAUCGGAAACCGUUUCAAAACACAAAAAGAAACCUGUUACGCCCCGAGGCUGAUUAUUAUCCUCAUUGUGUAACUGCGUCUCUUGUUACGUACCUUGUGGGCUCACUCGCACACGCUGAUUCUAUGUUCCGCCGACAGCUCUCUCCGUCCGGACAUCCAUUCAUGAUCAUCGUCUUUCCCUGUGAACAAUAAGCUUUCUCGCUGCUUUGUUGCUCCAUUGGGUUUGUUCUGGAGAGUUUAAAUAACGAUUCUUUUGACCGAGUAUCUGCAUUCUCCUCUACUUCCUUUCCCCAACGUUGCAGGGCAUCGUAGCAAGCCAUUCCCCUCUUUCCCAGCCUGAUACCUUAAUUUAAUACAGUCAUGACGAUCGUUCUGUUCCCUUGCAACGAAUGCCACAAGAAAUUCACGCGCUCCGGCGAUCUCAAGCGUCACAGCCUUAUUCAUCUUGGAAUUAAAGCUAACCACUGCAAGAUCUGCGGCAAGUCGUUUUCCCAGCCGUCGGGCCUCAAGACACACAUGAAUACCCACACAAACUCGAGACCUCACCGCUGUGGCCGAGGAGAUUGUGCAGCCACGUUCAAUGACCCUUCCUCUGCAUCCCGUCACCGCAAGGAAGCGCACUCGUCAAGUCAUGUAUACAAGUGCCUCGAAUGCGGUACUUGGUCUGUCCCGGCUCUCUUCCCAAUCCAUUCGCGAUCUGACAUUUCAACUCCCCGCCAGCAUCAAGCGCAGGUCCGCCUUCACGACGCACCUGAAGAAGCACGGAGACCAGUUCUUCGGUGUCCCAGUCGACAUCUUCUAUCGUGGCGACAUAGCCAUAGGGAGCAGGAAACGGUUCCGCCGGGCAUCAUCUGAAACCUCCUCUGAUUCCUUUUCGAUCUCCUCGAUGA